GUAAUAUAUCUUAAACGUGUGUUCGAUAUAUUUUGAACUUGUCUGUAAUAAUGAGAUUAACUCCUUGCGACCCAUGUGAAUAUGAUUAUUGGUUAUUUUUCAUUUUUGUUAGAUGAGGAGCGUUACUUAAAUAAUAUAUAUAAAUAUGUGUAUGAGAGCCAAUUAUCACUUCAUUUCACUUGCCCAAAAAAUAAGUUCUCACUUCAUUUCCUUUCUUCUGCAUUUUCCAUCAAAACUAUUGCCAUGGAGAACUAGAGGUCGCCAAAAGAUUGACAUGAAGAAGAGAGAGAACGAAGAAGACCGCCUCAUAACCUUCUCAAAGCGCCGAGCUGGCCUUUACAAGAAGGCGAGUGAGCUCUGUAUUCUCUGCGACGCAGACAUUGGCGUUGUUAUCUUUUCUCCAACUGGGAAACAAUUCUCAUUUGCUCAUCCCAGUAUAGAGUCCAUCGCGAACCAGUUCUUGAGCCGCAACCCUCAGCCAAAUGAGAGUGCUUCUCAGCUCUUUGAGGCUCACCGCAGGGCUAGAGUCAACGAGCUCAACGAGAAGCUCAAUGAUCAGACAGCUAGGGCAGAUGGUGAAAAGGAGAGAGAGAAGAUGCUAGAACACAUUGCAAGAGGUCGCGGAAACCGGAACUGGUUUGAUGCAUCCAUUUUGGAUGGGUUGAACAAAGAAGAGGUUGAUAGAUUGAUUGCACGUUUUUUGGAGGUGCAGAUGAUGUGCUACAACAGAGGGAAUGAGUUGGCUGUAGGGAUGGGGACUUCGUCUUCGUCCUCGGCUCGUGCAGGUUAUCCGGUAAUUUCAGGUCCAAGCCAGGGUCCUUCUGCUGCUCCUCCAAGCUAUGACUAUGACUAAGGUGGCAUCCAGUGAUUUCUGAACAAAUGAACUAAAUAAGGUUUUUAUACUACCAUAGUUAUUUAAGUUUGUGUUAUGGUUUGAAGUUGCUUAUGAUGUGAGAAUGAACCCUAGAUUUAUUGUUUUGUGUUCAAGAUGUUAAUUGGGAAAAUUGAUGAAAUCUAGGGUUUGAUCUUUGUAUCCCACCAUUAGCACACCUUUCAUGAGUAGGCGUGUCAUAUAAA